AUGCACGCGUGGGUCAUCUUGCGGGACUUCUACAACCGCACCACGCUCCACAAUCGUGUCGAGAUGACACGUCGUCUACAUGAGUUCAAGAUGGAGAAUGCUUCGACCAUGUCGAAGCACUUGGAUGCUUUUGACGAGCUUGUUGUCGGCGUCCAGACACUUACAGAGACAGUCGAUGACUCUCGGCAACUAGUGAGAAAGGAGACUACGGAGAAGGCGUUUCCUGUAAGCAGCAACGGUAGGCGGUUCAAGGGAGGCCAAGGUAAUGGCCGCAAGGGAAACUAUUUACGGAAAACCAACACCGGAAUUAAAGGCAAGUGCUUUAAGUGUGGUCAAGUCGGACACCAUAAGCGGGACUGCCUUAAGCGUAGCAAUUCCGAGGAAGAAGGUGCUGUGUUUGCUGCUGGUGAAUUGCGAUACGAAGAAUGGCUUAUCGACAGUGGGGCUACGUCGCACAUGACACCACAUCGGAGCGAACUCUUUGAGUACAAGGAGUUAAAUACUGGUCAACAAGUCUCUAUCGCUGAUGACAAGAAGCUCCAGGUAGUUGGAGUGGGAACAGUCAAGCUGAAAGGUCUGGAAGGUCGACGGACCAUGAAGGUCGAGGUCAUGCACAUACCAGGACUUGACAAACGAUUGCUGUCCGUUGGCAAACUGGCAGGACGAGGCAUGAGGGUGGAGUUUCGAAGCUCGUCCUCCAUCAUUAAAAGUGCCAAGCACGCGAUUGCAAGCGGCAAGAAGAUUGGCAAGGCUUACUUCCUGGAUUGCGAACAAGAAGAAGCUCGGUUUGUGGAAUACGCAUGGGCUGAAAGUGAGUGGGAGCUUUGGCACGCUCGCUUGGGACACCCCGGAAGAUCUGGUAUGGACAAGACACAGCGCGCUACGAGUGUACACACGGACGUGAUUGGACCGAUGAAGACGGUCUCAAAGGGUGGUGCACGAUCCGUAUUGACAUUCGUAGACGACUACUCAAGAUUAGUGGCAGCGUACUUCAUGAAGCACAAGAGCGAGGUGGCCGCAAGACUUAGCUAG